AUGAGUUCUACAAAUUCAGGUUCAACUUCAUCUUCAACUUCGACUUUGAACUCAAAUAAAGACUCGGACUCGAAUUCCGGUCUUGGUGCAACCGUGGCAAGGAUAACAGGUUCCAUUGAUGAUAAUUCAGUAUCAGAACAAGAAUCGAAUUUGAGAUACGCAGCUUAUGCCAACAGAUUGAGAACCAUUCUCUUAGCGUCGCAUAGAUAUGUUGCAUACACUUCAGACAUUGGAGAAUCGUUCAGACCUGUUGCACAUCCAAUAUUGGUGAAAGCAGGGUACGCCGUAUCUUGGCUCUAUAUAUUGGGAGAUGUCUCAUUUGCAGCCUGGACAACAAAGAUGAAGAGCGAGGGAAGAUACAUACCAGGAUUGAAACCCUGGGAUAAAGAACCAGAACCAAGUUUGCUUGCAGCUGAAACGUUCAAGCACACUCACAAUACAAUCGACUCUGAUUGGAAGUUGGUGGCAUUGAAAAGAGGUAUUUUCCAAAGUGUAGCAUCAAUGGGAUUACCUGCUUUUACUAUCCAUUCAGCAGUGCGUUACUCAUCCUACAUUUUCAAAAACUCAAAAGUUGCCGCAUUGAAAACUUAUGGGCCAGUUGCUAUUGGAUUGGGUAUUGUUCCUUUGUUACCAUACGCUUUUGAUGAGCCUGUAGAACAUGUAGUUGAUUGGGCGUUUGAAAAGGGACUCAAUGUCUAUGAAAAUAAGGGAAAAUUGGCAUAA